AUGACAAGAAAGAAAUUAUUCACAUUUGGUGUCCCCAAGAUUAUAUUCUAUAUUGGGUUAUUAUGUGGAUGUAUAUUAAAUGAAACAGUAAGAGAUAAAACAAUUUACAAUUAUGGAAUACCAAGCAAGCCAAGAAUAUCUCAUCAACAGAAGCAGUUUCUAAAGUCAAUUCAUGUGCCAGAGAUUAGUUUUGAAGUUUAUGGAGAAUUUCCAACAAUUAAGCACUUUGAUUUAUUUGAAGAUGAGAUAACUUCCAAAUAUCAAAAAAUGUCAAGAUUUCUAAAUUUACGAGAAAAGCGUGACUUACAAAACUCAGAGGAAACUUUUUUAAGUGAUCAACAUUCAGUUUUGAUUAAAAGUAGAAUUCAUUCUCCAUUGAAGAAUUGGGAUGAUAAAUUAACUGAUCCACAAUCGAAAAUAUACAAACUGUUAUCAACUAGUUAUUGUGAAUUUUUACUACAAAGUUUUUGGCAUGCGAAUACAAGUCAAUUUAAACAACCAAAAUGUACAUUUAUAAAAUUUACAAAAGGUUCUAUUAUACUCAACGCAAUACUAACAUUUAACGAAGCAAAUUAUUCACUAUUAUCUACACAAGAUUUAUCAAAUUUAUUAAUAAAAGGCAGUGAAGAAUUAAUCAAUUCUAUAAUUAAUGAUAAAAAUGUUUCUCUAGGAUUUAAUUUUAAUGGAGAUUUUUCAUUCAGAUUGACUGAAAUAAAAGAAGAAAGUACUGUAUUACUUCCAACAUCACAACCGCUAUCACUAUCAUCAUUACCACUUUCGAUCACGACGACGACAACAACAACAACAACGAUGAUUGACGCAAAUGAAAUGUACUCAUACAUGAGGAGUUCUAUGGAUGAAAUUCAAUCAAGUGUGAAUUCUAGCAGUGAUUUUAUGGAUACAGAACAAUCAUUGGCAUCAACAUUAUCUAAUGAUGAAACCAUAGAUACAAUAACAUAUAGUGUAGCUUUGAAUUUUACAAUUCAAGCAACUAAUAGUUCACUGACAUGGGAUGAUGAUCUACUGAACACCACUUCAACCACUUAUCAAGAAUUAUCUCGAAAUGUUUGUGAAUUACUUUUAGCAGCUAUGAGAUCAAUUUUAUCAUCUCUAUGGAUUGUUGAAUGUGGUACCAUAAAAUUCAGAAAAGGGUCCAUUGACGUUGAUGCUGAGCUUAUUUUAAUGGCGAAUUCAUCAUCAUUUGUUACAACACUUGAACCUACAUCAACUGUGCUAAAUGAUAUUAAUAUAAUCAAAGGAAUAAAUGAGUAUGUUUCAACUGUGGAUCAAAAUAAUACAUUUGGAAUUUACGUUGAUCCAAAUUCAAGUAUCUCAUUAUCAUUCUCAUCAACGCUGACUAGAUUGAACAAGUCUUUGGAGUGGGAUGACAGUUUAUUGGAUCCUAGUUCCGAUUUAUAUCAAAACUAUUCAGCUGAAAUUUGUGGUUUGCUUUUGGACAGCAUAUAUUCAACUUACAUUGAGGGAAUAAUCAAUGUUAAUUGCACAGUUGUUGGCUUCUCACGUGGAUCAGUUGUUGGAAAUGCAGUAUUAGUCAUCGACCAUAGUAGCACAAGUGGGAAUUUUUCAUCGACUGAAGUGACAAAAGACACUGUUCGCAAUGCUGUUGUGGCACACAUAGCAGAACUGAUUGCCAAAGGUUCGGAGCAAGUGUACUUCGGUACAUCAAGUGGCUUGACAGUAGAAACUGUAAUCCAUGGGGCAACCACUGAGGUGAUCACUGAAUCUCAGAAUACUGAAGAUAACAAGACUACGGCUGAGACCACUACUGGCACGAAGGAAGUGACGACCGAGACCGAGAUUACGGAGACCGACACUACGCAAACUGAGGUUAUGCAGACGGAGAGUACAACAGCUGAGACCACUACUGGCACGAAGGAAGUGACGACCGAGACCGAGAUUACGGAGACCGACACUACGCAAACUGAGGUUAUGCAGACGGAGAGUACAACAGGCAAUGUUCUUUCAUAUGAUUCAGAAGGCAACCUCACGAAAACAGUAGUAAUCGCAGUCUCAUCAACGCUGACUAGAUUGAACAAGUCUUUGGAGUGGGAUGACAGUUUAUUGGAUCCUAGUUCCGAUUUAUAUCAAAACUAUUCAGCUGAAAUUUGUGGUUUGCUUUUGGACAGCAUAUAUUCAACUAACAUUGAGGGAAUAAUCAAUGUUAAUUGCACAGUUGUUGGCUUCUCACGUGGAUCAGUUGUUGGAAAUGCAGUAUUAGUCAUCGACCAUAGUAGCACAAGUGGGAAUUUUUCAUCGACUGAAGUGACAAAAGACACUGUUCGCAAUGCUGUUGUAGCACACAUAGCAGAAAUGGUUGCCAAUGGUUCGGAGCAAGUGUACUUCGGUACAUCAAGUGGCUUGACAGUAGAAACUGUAAUCCAUGGGGCAACCACUGAGGGGAUCACUGAAUCUCAGAAUACUGAAGAUAACAAGACUAUGGAGACAACUGAAAUAAGCAAAACGACUUUCAGUAAGAAAAAUAUACUAGAACUAUCAAUGACAGUGGAGAUUUUAAUAGGAAAUCAACAAACAAAUUGGAAUUCCGAACUAUCUAACAAAUUUUCUGAACUUUACAAUAGUACUGCUGAAAAAACCUGUGCUUUGAUAAAAGCCAGCCCUCAAUAUAUCACGUCAAUACAAUUCACCAUACCUACUUGUACUGUUCUUCGUUUUUAUCCGGGUUCUGUGAAAUCUGAUGUACAGAUAAUUGUAGAAUACAUAGAUAACCUCAAUGUGACUCAAACACAAAUUCUUCAAGCAAUUCAGUCGGGUUCGCAAUUAUACUUAAUAGAUCUGUUAAAAAAUCAGUCAAUCGAUUCCAAGAGUAUAAUAUCAUUUAAGUUAAUUAUGCAAAAAGAAACUUGUAGUACGAUCGCAUCAAAAUGUUCACCACAUGCUCAAUGCAUCGAAAGAUCUGACGGUGCCGUUUGUGUAUGUAAUCCAAUGUGGGUAGAUUUAAACAUGCAACAGCCCGGAGAACAGUGUAUAAUAAGUCCAACUGUAAUAGCGCUAAUUGUUAUUGGAGCAAUCCUAAUCAUAAUAAUAUUUGCCGCAGGAAUAUACUUUGCUCUUCGUACAGGCAGAAAUGGUCAACGCUAUAUACAUUCAUUUGCUUAG